UGGCUGCCGGGAUCGCCUUGCCGCUUUGUGGAAAUGUCCGCCAUGUUUUUCAUGGCGCAGGGAGCGGAUCGAACGAGAGAAAAAGGCUUUAAAUCCAGUUAAACUUAACCAAAAAUGGCUUCUCAGACUGGAUCACCUGCCAACGGGAAUCUGUCAGUCCGACCGCAGUGAAACGCGUCGGGUCCCUCGGUCCCUUUCGACCGAAAUUUUAUGCGGAUUCUGACGGGAUACAUGUUUCUUUCACGUUUACGUUGUUGAGAUAGACGAAAACGAUGAGUAAACUAUCCUUCCGAGCGCGGGCGCUAGACGCCGCCAAACCUCUCCCCGUAUACCGAAGCAGAGACCUUCCGGACCUCAACGACUGCGUCUCCAUCAACCGGGCCGUGCCUCAGAUGCCAACCGGGAUGGAGAAAGAAGAGGAGUUGGAACACCAUCUGCAGAGAGCCAUUUCGGCACAGCAAGUCUUCAGGGAGAAGAAGGAGACUAUGGUCAUUCCAGUGCCCGAAGCUCAGAGCAACAUCACCUAUUAUGACCGUCUGUACAAGGGGGAAUUCAGGAUUCCUAAACAGCUCAUCCACAUUCAGCCAUUCAGCCUGGACCACGAGCAGCCUGAUUAUGACAUGGACUCUGAGGAUGAAACACUCCUCAACAGACUUAAUCGAAAGAUGGAGAUAAAGCAAGUCCAGUUUGAAAACAUGGUGGACAGGCUAGAGAAGGCUAGCACAAACCAGCUUGUCAGUUUUCAAGAAGCCAAACUGUUGCUAAAUGAGGACGACUAUCUUCUGAAGUCGGUGUACGACUACUGGGUAAGGAAGCGGAAGAACUGCCGAGGGCCCUCACUCAUUCCUCAGGUCAAGCAGGAGAAGAGGGACGGCUCCACCAACAAUGACCCAUAUGUGGCCUUCCGACGGAGAACGGAAAAGAUGCAGACGAGGAAGAAUCGUAAGAAUGAUGAGGCCUCAUAUGAGAAAAUGCUGAAGCUGAGGAGGGAAUUUAGCCGGACGGUGACCAUCUUAGAAAUGAUCAAAAGGCGAGAGAAGUCCAAACGGGAGCUUCUGCAUCUGACCCUGGAGGUGGUAGAGAAAAGGUAUCAGCUUGGGGAUUUUGGAGGGGAAAUUCUUAAUGAAGUGGCUGUUCCGCUGACAGAGAAACCUGUUUAUAGUAUUCCGUCUCUUUCAAAUGGAAACCACUACAACAUAGAAAAUAAAAUAAAGCAUCAACCCCACAUCUCAGUUAGGGAUGACUCGUAUUUUGAGGUUCGACCAAAGAAGAAACAUCACAUUAAAAAAGCUAAACUCGACACCUUCCGGCAGCCCCGGACUGAUCAAUCCUCAAUCAGCAAGUGUGACAUCAAGCAGUAUGACUUUCACAGCUCCGGGGACGAGGACUACCCACAGGUCCAGUCUCCUGCAUCUGAACCAGAUGAGGAGAAUGACCCUGAUGGGCUUUUCGCAUUCAGAAGGAAAGCUGGAUGCCAGUAUCAUGCUACCCUGGAGCAAAGCAGCAACCUGUUAUGGGAUCACCCUGAGCUGGCUGGGAUGUCGCCGCUGCCCUUCAGGCACUCCCACGUGGUCCUGUCUGUCCCCUGGCGCUGUCUGGGUCUGGCCCGGCGCAGGGUGGGCCGCGGUGGCCGGGUUAUUCUGGACCGGACAUCAUCAGAAUAUGAUCAGAUCCUGAAGCCGCUGGACCCUGAAGUGUUUACCUCCAGUCCCGGUAGUUCAGCCUCCCACUCUAUGGACCCUUCUACAUGGACAAAUGCUUCCAGAACACUUCCUGGGCAGGCCGGCUCACUUGUGGACAUACUAAGCAAUAUUAAAGCAUGUCGCUUGCGGUGCUUCCGGCCCCAGUCAGCCCAGCACAAGGACAGCAGCAGGACGAAAGUGAGCUUGAAUGAGAGCAGCAGGGCGUCAGGAGCUUCUCCCACUGCUCUUAGUACUUCCAGAAAAGGUGCUUCAGUAACAGGCAGCAUAACAGAAGAGCAGUUCCAAACACAUCAGCAGCAGCUGGCACAGAUGCAGAAGCAGCAGCUAGCACAGCUACAACAGAAAGCACUGUCCCCAGCACCGUCACAGCUCCAGCGCCGCAACACACAGGUAUUUGGCGCAUCUGACUACACGUCAAAGACCCUUGAUUCUGCCAGCGCCCAGUUUGCUGCAUCGGCCGUGAUUUCAUCACCCAGUGCGGCGGGCAGCGAGGCCAGUAAAGAAGGCACGCAUCACACCGCCAGCAUGAACGGACUCUUCCAUACGUCAGGGACUUCAAAACCUCCCCAUUCCACCAGCAUGUCACUGAGCAGCGAUCCCCUGCCAUGUGCCCCUGUCCAGCUCUUACGGACUGUUCCCAAUGGCGCCUCCAGCCAGCUGCUGCCCACACUGUACACCAGCAGCCCCCAGUCCCUCCCAGGGGCAGGUGCCGCCCACCUCAGUAGCGUCACCGUGGUGUCUCCUGUCAACCAGCCCCUCAGUGCCCGAGCCCCCGCCUCGUCUCCGUCUGCCUUAAAGCUUGCCACUGUCGCCACCACCCUGGACCGUGUGCCCAAGGUCACACCUGGAAGCGCUGUCAGCAGCAUGGCAAGGGAGAACAACGAGCCAGAACGCCUCGCUCUCAAUGGGAUAUCUGAGACCACGGUGGCAAUGGAGGUGACAUAGCUGUCUGGACGGGAGUCGCAUGACCGUACCGAGCGGCCCUGUGUGACCACACCUGGCAGGGUCUCUGCCCAAAACAUGGGGUUGCUCUCACACGGGCCUGUCCUAAAUCGCAGCAUAUCAGAAUAUCAAGAACACGUGUCUAUAUAUUAUUGUACAUUUUUGUAAAAUGUGGAAUAUCACUACUUUGUAAAAUAGUUUAUUUGUAUCAUUAGUAUAUCAUUUCUUGUUACUUGAAUUCUAGGUAUUUGUCAUCAUGCUUUUGCACUUGAAAAUGCAACUGAAUGGAGGGGAUAAAAUGUGCAGGCGUUCAUUUUGGGGAUCGCAAGCAUGAAAGCGUAUCCUUCGUCACUUGUUUUAACUAUUUAUUUUGUAAUGUUUACAUUUUGUAUAAAUCAGAUUUUUUGUGUCUAUGAAACAUUGACGUAGUUAGCAUAAAAGUUGUACUUUUUUUUCUGAAGACAAAGUACUAUACGUCUGAUUAAUUUGGUUUCACAAAUUGAAUAAUUGAAUAUCUUGUUCAGUGGCAUUUUCAUGAAGUAUUUUCUAUAUUUCUUUUCAAAGGGGUAACGGGGCUGUUUCAGCUGUUUUAUUACUUUUUUACUUUGUUUCAUUUCAAUGUAGGAAUCUGUAAUACAUUCUCUGAUGUAAAGAUGAGCUGUUGUAUCCAUAGGGACCUAUUUAUUUAACUUUUUAAAGAAACAGAUUUGCGUCAUACAUUCACGGUCUGCAAAUGUAAAAAGAAAAAAAAAUUUUUUUAAUAUAUUUGCCUUUUUAAACAUAUGGGUUAAGCCAAUAAAUAUUACACAAGUAUG